CCCCCUCCUCCCCCCUCCCCUUCGGAAGAGGGAGGGGGGCCUCGUGACGUCAGCAGCGGGAGCGAGGUCUGCUCGGAGCGAAGAAGGGAAGAAGCAGAAGCAGGAGAAGAAGGAGGAGGAGGAGGAGGAGGAGGAGACGGGGCUGCGCAGCAUCCUCCUCUGGACCGAAGGAGGAGAAGGAGAAGGAGAAGGAGCGGGAUCAUCGCGGGAGAGAGAGAGGAGGGACCUAAUAGAAACUUAAGGGAAGGGGGGGGGAGUAGGGUCCCCACUGGCCAUGGCUCCGAGGGGGGGCCCAGGAGAGCCCCCCGAGAAGGGCUGGGAGUGAGUGAGAGAGUGAGUGAGAGAGAGAGAGAUUGGGGGGCCCCCCUGGUCUUCUCCUCUGGGGUGUCCUUCUGUCCCCAUGGAGGGAGGGGUCUCCCCGCUCUGAGCCCCCCCCUCCUCCUCCUCCACCUUCUCUCCCUCCCGUAACGAUGUGGAUGCAUCCGUGUUGGGGGAACAGGUCAGGUCAUCCUGUACGAAGCCAUGCUUGGAUUUUAAUAGCCAUGUUCCGACUCGCCAUGGAUUUCACCUCUUGUGACUCUUUGGGCCAAGGCCACCGACCGCCCUGGUUGCAAAGGCCGGCGCCCCGCCAUGGAUGGCCCCACGGCCCCUUGUGGAGUCUCAGGCCCGGGCAGCAAGCGAGGAACUACCCCUUCCCCUCUGCAGAGAGGCCUGGCGGGCAGCCGUCCAAAACCUAUCAUUCCAAAAGGCUACACAAAGCCGCGGACCUGCUCUGGAAAAGCGGGCGGCCCGAACGCCUGCCCCCGGCCAGGUGGGGAGCUUUCCUGCUGGCGUCCGGGAGGACGGACUCCUUGAAACGGAGGCGGAGGUACCUCCGGGCCAUCGGCAAGCCCACCGUGGAGCCCGAGGUGAUCGUCUGGGGGUCCACCAGUCCGCUGGAUCCCCUCGAAAGCAGCACCUUCCCCGGGAUUUAUGGAAGCACCACCGUCUCGGUUUUGCAGCGCACCACCAGGACCACCACCACCACCGCCACCACAUCCACCACCACAUUCACCACCGCCGCCGCCACUCCCACCACGGUCCAGCCCAAAGGGCCCGGCCCUGGAUUUGGCACCCCCAGGAACAACCCGGGAGGGCUUAGCACAAUGGGACCGCCAGCCACUUCCGACGGCAACCGGAAAGAGGUCGACGCUCCACCACCGAAGAUGCCAGGAGACAAUUCAGGUCUGGCUGUCCAUCAGAUUAUCACCAUCACCGUCUCUCUCAUCAUGGUCAUUGCUGCUCUGAUCACGACGCUCGUCCUAAAAAAUUGCUGUGCUCAAAGUGGGAACACGCGGCGGAACGGCCACCAACGCAAAAUCAACCAGCAGGAAGAAAGCUGUCAGAACCUGACGGACUUCACCCCGGCCCGAGUGCCCAGCAACCUGGACAUCUUCACAGCCUACAACGAGACUCUCCAGUGCUCCCAUGAGUGCGUGAGGACACCCGUGCCGGUCUACACGGAGGAGACCAUCCUCUCCCCAGGGGAUUACAAGGCAUCCUUCAAUGGGAGCAGGCCUUCCUGGGCUUGCCUUGCGGUCUGUCACGUAAGGGGCGCCUCCCAAGUCGAUUUUUCUGCUUGCUGCAGACCCUCCUCUUCCGACCGGCACCUCAUCCCUGUGGCCUUUGUUUCUGAGAAAUGGUUUGAAAUCUCCUGCUGACCAGACGAAGUCUGUUUUACUUCCUGGGGGCGGGGCAGACGCCAUGUGUCUUUUUCCUGGAUUCCAUUGGUGAACCUGUAAAAAGCAAAUUCAGUGAAUGGGUGACCUAUACCUACCAUUUCUGCGUUUACUGAUGGAAGACUCAAAGAGCAGCCAAAUAUAUUUUUAUAUAAUUAUAAGGAGAGAGAAAGAGAGAGAGAAAAAAAUAUCGGGAUUUGCCCCAACCUGUGAUGGCAUUUUUGUGUGUGUGUGCGGACUGGGUUAUUUUUCAUGGGAAGGACGAGGAAGGAAAUUGCGCGGAGAGAAGCAAGGACCGAGCCACGGCUUCCGUUCGGGAUGCCUGGACUGUGAAUACAUAUUUCUUUCUGAACCUGUGCCAAUAAUAAUACCAUUAUGUGCCAUGAAUCGCCCGGGGGGAGGACAUAGGAUCUCGAGAAGAUUGAAGACGCGUCAAACUCUACGGAAGCCGAGGGGAAGGCGGGGGGGGGGGGGGGGAGAUAUCUCUUCAGUAUUUCUUGUUAUUAUACAUACAUGCAUAUAUAUAUAUAUAAGAUGAUCUAUAUAUAUAUAUCUAUAAAUAUAAGAACACAAACACUUUUUGUACUGUAGCAAAUUUUUGGAAAAAUACCAUCUUAAAUGUUCCUUUUUUAAAAAACAACAACAAAGAAAUGGAUGUUGUGGCUUCGCUACAACAUAUGAUGCCAUUGAACGCGCUUAAUAUAUGGACUUAGAUAUAUAUAGAUAUAUAUAUAAAAAUUCCAUGUUUUCUACUUCAGCAGUUUAGUUUUCACAGACAGGCACUCAUCCUUUAAGGUCCGUUGACGGGAAAUACGUAGUAGGUGCGAAAAUGUCACGUAAGGCCGUGAGAUGGGUCUGUUAUGGAAAGGAAUUUCCAGUGGUCGAAACGUCACCGUUCCACAAAACUCUAAAAGAAGAGAGCGGGCAAUGUCUACAAACAAGGUCCUAAGGAUGUCACGAAUAUUUGCCAACCAUCCAUUUUUUGUCCUCGAGUAAGAAUGAAAAGCAACACUUUCGCGGUUUUGUCCCUCAUCUUGAUGGGUUCUGUGCAAAAAAUUGUACGCCAAAAAAUGUAUUUUAUGCAAAGGAUAAUGGGCUGAUUCCUAUUGUAGACGCAAACAAGAACGAACUUUUGAAACGAUGACAAUUUGAUGAUAAUGUUGAUUCGCCAUCCAAAUAUCCAGAGUUGGUCCCGGGCAAGUCCCGUCAGGAUGACCUGCCUCCUGGACCAUUUCUUUACCGAUUUCACCGUGUUUUGGUUUCUGUAAGAUAACUUCCAGGAUCGGGAGAAAGGUGAAAUACACUCCGAGUAAAUCCCUAAGGAAGGGUCUUCUAAGAGGUGGCUUUUUCUGACGGAGGCCUUCCUUUCCCCGACACCUUCUCCCGUGGUUCAUGGAGACACAACUGGGCCAUCUCCACGCUAAAUCACCCAUGGAAACCGGUUUCUAUCUGUUUCUUUGUUCACUCCUGGUGCAACUGUUUUAUUGAUUUGGGACUGCUGUUUGUUUCUUUUCCCCCUCCUCCUAUUCUUUCGAAUAUUUUUUAACAAAAUGGUUUGUUGAUUGUACUGCUGUUGUUUUUAUUUUCUAUUUUCUAAGCCGCCCUCGAGCGGCGAGGGAAAAAGCGGGGUAUACAUUUCCAUAAGUAAAUAAACAAACCGAUGAAAUCCA